AUGUUGCCUUCUCAAGGAGUCCUCCUGCAUCCCUAUGGCGUGCCUAUGAUUGUUCCAGCAGCCCCCUACUUCCCCGGACUGAUCCAGGGUAAUCAGGAAGCAGCAGCUGCCCCUGACACAAUGGCUCAGCCUUACGCUUCGGCCCAGUUUGCCCCCCCUCAGAACGGCAUCCCCGCGGAAUACACGGCCCCUCAUCCCCACCCCGCGCCAGAGUACACGGGCCAGACCACCGUUCCCGAGCACACGUUAAACCUGUACCCUCCCGCGCAGUCGCACUCGGAGCAGAGCGCAGCGGACACGAGCGCGCACAGCGUCUCGGGCACCGCCACACAGACAGAUGAUGCGGCACCCACGGAUGGUCAGCCCCAGACACAACCUUCCGAAAAUACGGAAAACAAGUCCCAGCCCAAGAGGCUGCACGUCUCCAACAUCCCCUUCAGGUUCCGGGAUCCCGACCUCCGACAAAUGUUUGGCCAAUUUGGUAAAAUCUUAGAUGUUGAAAUUAUUUUUAAUGAGCGAGGCUCAAAGGGAUUUGGUUUCGUAACUUUCGAAAAUAGUGCCGAUGCGGACAGGGCGAGGGAGAAAUUACACGGCACCGUGGUAGAGGGCCGUAAAAUCGAGGUAAAUAAUGCCACAGCACGUGUAAUGACAAAUAAAAAGACUGUCAACCCUUAUACAAAUGGCUGGAAAUUGAAUCCAGUUGUGGGUGCAGUGUACAGUCCCGAAUUCUAUGCAGGCACCGUGCUGUUGUGCCAGGCAAACCAGGAGGGAUCUUCCAUGUACAGUGCCCCCAGUUCGCUUGUAUAUACCUCCGCAAUGCCCGGCUUCCCGUAUCCAGCCGCCACCGCCGCGGCCGCCUACCGAGGGGCGCACCUGCGAGGCCGCGGCCGCACCGUGUACAACACCUUCCGGGCCGCGGCGCCCCCGCCCCCGAUCCCGGCCUACGGCGGUGUUGUUUACCAGGAUGGAUUUUAUGGUGCAGACAUUUAUGGUGGUUACGCUGCAUAUCGCUACGCCCAGCCCACCCCCGCCACUGCCGCUGCCUACAGUGACAGAAAUCAGUUCGUCUUCGUUGCAGCAGAUGAAAUUUCUUGUAACACCUCUGCAGUUACGGACGAGUUUAUGCUACCGACCCCUACCACCACACACUUGCUCCAGCCCCCACCUACGGCGUUGGUGCCAUGCCCCAAGGUUCCAGCCCCAGCACAGACUUCAGAGGAGCUAAGCUGCACACUUCCAGGCCUCUGCUGUCAGGCAGCUGAGAAUCUGACUGCCUCUCCUCCCCUAUUACAAUUUAUGUUUAAAGUCAUAGUCGCCCAGGAAAGAAAAUAG